AUGACCGUCACACCUACUCGUGUUGCGCCCACUACGCCUGCUCGUCCCGUCCACCUACCGGCGCCCAUCGCGCCCCACGCCACUCCUUGGCCGAGCGCCCCCGCGCUUCCCUGUCCUCGCGAGAGGGAGAAAAGGAAUACCUCGCCACCGCCGACGUCGUGUCGGACUUUCCGGGCGGAGCUUGCCGGUGACGAUGCUCUUUCUGAUACAUAUGACCCACCGGCCAGUCUCUUACAGAAAAAACCGGCCCGGACCGCGGGAAAAACUGACUCUCUCUCUCUCCAUCCGGACCGGACAGGAAAAAAAAACCUUCUUCCCCUCCGGACCGAGCCCACCCUGCUCCUUCACCCCGCCUCCCCCUCACCGCCACCACCGCCACACCCCGCCGGUCACUCCCUCACCAGCAGCACCGCCCCUCCCUCCUCCGCCCCCGCGGGCUGGACACGCGUCCGCACGCUCGGCCGCGGCGCGUCCGGCGCCGUGGUGUCCCUCGCGCCCAGUGGCUCUGUCGCCGACGUGGCCGAGAGGAGCGGGGGCCGGCUCGAGGAGUGCGCAAUCCGAGCGUACGCCGCAGAUGUGGCCAGAGGCCUGGCGUACCUCCACGGGAGGUCCCUCGUCCACGGGGACGUGAAGGGGCGGAACAUCGUGGUCGGCGCGAGGACGGCGGGCUCCGAUCGACCGUUCGGCGGCACGCCGGCGUUCAUGGCGCCGGAGGUGGCGCGGGGCGAGGAGCAGGGCCCCGCGGCCGACGUCUGGGUGCUGGGCUGCACCGUUAUCGAGAUGGCCACCGGCCGCGCUCCGUGGAGCGACAUGGGCGACGUCCUCGCGGAGAUGCACCAGAUCGGCUACACGGACGCCGUGCCAGCGGUGCCGGCGUGGCUGUCCGCAGAGGCGAAGCACUUCCUGUCCACGUGCUUCGCAAGAAAUGCCUGCGACCGGUGCACGGCAGCGCAACUGCUGGAGCACCCGUUCCUGGCAUCAGCCGGCUGCGGCGUGAAGCCCGAGGAGGUGGCGGCCAAAUGGGUGUCCCCCAAGAGCACGCUGGACGCCGCGCUCUGGGAGUCCGACACCGAAGACGACGACGACGACGUUUCAGAGAGCCCCGACGAGAGGAUCAGAGCAUUGGCAUCCGCUUCCUCGGCAUUCCCGGACUGGGACUCGGACGAAGGCUGGACCAACGUGCUCAACGAGAGCCACCGCCUCCGCCUGCAGCGCCUCCAGCCCGCGGGGGCGGAGGAGGGAGGGGCGGUGCUGGUGGUGAGGGAGUGGCCGGCGGGGUGUGACGAUGGUGGCGGUGAGGGGGAGGCGGGUGAAGGAGUAGGGUGGGCUCGGUACAUGCAGUACUUCAUCUGGUAA